AUGCCAGCCAACUUCACAGAGGGCAGCUUUCAUGCCAACCAGACUGUGUCGGUGCUAGAUUCUUCCCCAGUAGCUUGCACUGAAAUUGUGACUUUCACUGAAGUGUUGGAGGCAGAGGAGUGGGGCUCCUUCUAUUCCUCCUUUAAGACAGAACAGCUGAUAACCCUGUGGGUCCUGUUUGUCUUCACCAUGGUGGGAAACUCUGUUGUGCUGUUCUCUACGUGGAGAAGGAAAAGAAAGUCCAGAAUGACCUUCUUUGUGACUCAGUUGGCCAUUACAGAUUCCUUCACAGGCCUGAUCAACAUCCUGACAGACAUCAUUUGGCGAUUCACCGGAGACUUCAUGGCCCCCGACCUAGUCUGCCGAGUAGUCCGCUACUUGCAGGUUGUGCUGCUCUAUGCCUCUACUUACGUCCUGGUGUCCCUCAGCAUAGACAGAUACCAUGCCAUCAUUUACCCCAUGAAGUUUCUUCAAGGAGAGAAGCAAGCCAAAGUGCUCAUUGGGAUAGCCUGGAGCCUCUCGUUCCUGUUCUCCAUCCCCACACUGAUCAUAUUUGGGAAAAGGACGCUCUCCAAUGGUGAGGUGCAGUGCUGGGCACUGUGGCCGGAUGACUCCUACUGGACCCCGUACAUGACCAUCGUGGCCUUUCUGGUGUACUUCAUCCCCCUGGCAAUUAUCAGCGUCAUCUAUGGCCUUGUGGUCCGAACUAUUUGGAUUAAAAGCAAAGCCCAUGAGACGGUGAUUUCCAACUGCUCAGAUGGCAAACUCUGCAGCAGCUACAACCGAGGGCUCGUCUCAAAGGCAAAAAUCAAGGCCAUCAAAUAUAGCAUCGUCAUAAUCCUUGCUUUCAUCUGCUGCUGGAGCCCAUACUUCCUCUUUGACAUGUUGGACAAUUUCAACCUUCUUCCAGACACCAAGGAGCGUUUCUAUGCCUCUGUGAUCAUCCAGAACCUGCCAGCCUUGAACAGUGCCAUCAACCCCCUCAUCUACUGCUUCUUCAGCAGCUCUAUCUGCUUCCCCUGCAAGGAGCAAAGAUCACAGGAUUCCAGAAUGACUUACCGAGAGAGAAGCGAGAGGCAUGAGAUGCAGAUGCUCGCCAAGCCAGAAUUUAUCUAA